UGAUAGUUGUAUGUCGAAGUCGUAUUGUAGACUUUGCUGGCUUUGAACUCUCAUAUCGACUUAAUCUCUUUUGGUGCCAUUCAUCACUUUACUGAGCUGAGCGCCCGUUCACCCCGCAAUUUUACGAAAGUAGUUUUGCGAUCGGCCCUGCUUAUGCCUAGUAGGUCCAGUCGCACAAGUCGACGGAUACUCAGCAUUAAUAUUUUUUCUCCGCCGAACUCAUCGCUCACACUUUCCAUGGAACUUUUAAGAGGACGGUGAUUUGAGGGUGGGCUCUGCUGACCUUCUGAGGUUCGGUCUUGGUAGGAAGGCUGCGUGUGAUCCUCAUUUUGGGGCUUCCAUGCAAAUGGACGGUCAUGAUUUGUUUAAUCAGAGGCCUUUGCCGUCCAAUGAGGACCUCAGUCCGUCUUCUGACGCCUCUGAUAACUUUAGAGCCACCGCAAUUGCACUAUGGGAUCCGGAGCCGGACGAUUUCGACGAGGGUGCAUACAUUUCACCAGGCCCGCUUGAAGAAUCUACUGUCGGAUACCAUGUUGGAGGCUCAAGUCCAGACGGUGGUGAAGACUUCUUUCUUGACAUUUCACCAGUGCAAAAUGAUGGGAUCUACGACGUCCUGAGAGGAAAUGCCGACGCCGCUUCAAUUGCCACCGAGGAUGAAUACUGUCCAGCAAGCUUCAACCUCCCCGAGCAAGUGAUCAAUGGAAUGUUCGACGGCACGUCCGCCACGUCAAGCCACUAUGAUUUGCAAUGGGAUCUGGGAGUCCGCUUGGACAAUGUGCCCUCAUUAGGGUGUGGUGAUUCAGAUGCUGAGGACAUAGAGGUAGUAUCGGCAAGCGCGAGUGACGUACAGCGGAGCUCAGAAUAUCGGCAUCCUCUGUCAAAAAACGUGGUCGUCGCGCUCCCGGAACCAACCAUGACAGAUCCGAAGUCACUCUAUGGUGAAUUCGUCCCCCCUGCUCCACUGGCGGACGAGAUGAGUGCGGUGACCUGCCUCCUCAAUAUCAUGAGCCAGCAAGGUGGAGAUGACGAGGACUUCAUCGAAUUUGAGCUUUCAGACUUCAGCAUAUACAUCAAUACAAAAUAUUACCUGACCGAAUUUCGCCCGUUGCACCACCUGGCCACCCGAACCGCCUCCGACAAGUUCUGUUUCGACGGGGUACUCAGCUCUGGUGAGACCAAGUUCUACCUGAAGAACGUGCCUUUCCGUGAGCUACCCAUUGGCAGCUACGGUACCGAAGAACAUACUAUCGGCGGCCAGAUUUGGAUCCGUUCCGAGCUGAACAAAACCCGGAAUAUUUAUUACAAGCUUGGGAAGCCUUCUGUGGAAUACGAGAGAUUCUACACACCUUUCCUCUGGAUUGCCGACCUGGCAAAACACGUUGUCGACUAUCUUAAGCAUCUUCACGAUCAAAGACGCCGAGCUACAUUGCAUGACUUCCGCGCAAGAUUCAGUAUUUUCCUGUUUGGGAAGCACAGCAGAUCUGCGACUUUCCGGAGAUGGCAUUCAGCUCACAGCAAUGGCGAUUUCCGGACUGCCGUCGCAGCCAAUAUCGGGUUCAUCUGGAAAGAAGCCGUGGGGGUAUUCCAUGCCGAUGGCAAAGCUCAUGAUUUGUGGAAGGAACUUCCUCGAUCGGAAUCGCAAGAAGGUCAUCUGUAUAAGCCUAACCUUGGCCCGAUUCCGAUUUCUUCGAAAAGCUCCGAUUCCUCAUCUGAUAGUGUCGAGUUGAGAGAUUCUCCAGCACCAAAGAAGAAGGAGACAGCUUCCAACUCCGAGAAGGUUGCGGAUACCAUCGUGACCCCUUAUAUCCAUAACUUAUUCAGCCAUAUGAACUUUCACGACAUCAUGAAAUCUGUAACUCCAGUCGAUGUGAUUGAAGACCUACGGAAAAGCAUGAUUCAGCGAACAGGCUUGCAGCACCAACCUAUCAUCAUCCGAUCACGGAGCCAGCAAAAGAAUCGCAAGGAGCUCAUAACCUCGAUACAAUCAGGCGACGUGAUAUCAACUUUGUGGGAUAGUGUAAACACAGAAACAAAUUGGAAAUCACCCAAAUCGGACCACCACGAAACAGUCCAAGUAUGGUACUGCGUGGUUCAAAAAGUCCAUGAGUCCAACAAACACCGCCGAUCUUUCAGUGUGAUCUGGCUUUACCAUCCAUCAGAGACCGCUUGCCACGUUAUGAAAUACCCAUGGGUCAAUGAGCUGUUCAUGUCCAAUUUAUGUAAUUGCGACGAUCGUCGGAUUGAUGAAGAUGAGGUCAUUUCAACUCAUGACGUUGAGUGGUUCGGCAGCCCAUCAACAAGCUCGGAGUUUUUCGUGCGGCAGACAUGGAUCUCUCAUGAACGCUGUUAUACCGCCCUCAAGGAGGAUCACAUGGUUUGGGGAGACCGCAUGGUGUGCCAACACCAUAAGUCUGACACAGAUGCUUCCUACCAAAUCGGUGACACAGUUCUCGUCCAAGGCAGACAAUUUUUGGAUAUUUAUGAAAUCGAAGCACUUUUUGCUGAAAGGACCAAGAAAUUCGCAAGAGUUCGCAGGCUUUUGCGGCGGAAAGAUGUGGAUAGAACGGCAAAGACGUGUCCGCCAAACGAAUUGAUUUACUCCAAACAAUUAGUUGAAAUCGCAGCGGAACGCAUAGUUCGUCGGUGCAUGGUAAGAAUAUUUGGAGUGGACGAGCGUAUUCCGGCGCCAUACGACCGCAACGGUACUGGCGAUGCCUUUUACAUCACCCACGAAGAGAUGCCCUCCUAUGAAGACAAGUCACCGCAUUAUGUUCCUCUAGAUCCCGAAACCUUCCGCUCAUCGAGACGCCUCCGCGAAGGAUUCGAUGCCAAAAGCACGCCGAAAGACUACAAAUUACGGGGUCUAGAGCUCUUUUGCGGAGGUGGAAAUUUUGGACGCGGCCUUGAAGAAGGUGGUGGUAUAGAAAUGAAAUGGGCCAACGAUAUCUGGUGGAAUGCAAUCCAUACAUACAUGGCCAAUAGCAAACCUGAUGCAUGCACACCGUAUUACGGUUCGGUGGACAAUUUUCUGCACCGGGCUCUUGCUGGCAAACGCGAUGUACCAAAGCCUGGAGAUGUUCAGUUCAUUUCCGGUGGAUCUCCUUGUCAGGGGUUUUCGUUGCUAACAAGCGACAAAACCACCGACAAACAACGGAAGAACCAGUCACUUGUCGCUUCAUUGGCCUCAUUCAUCGAUUUGCACCGCCCACAAUAUGGACUGAUAGAGAACGUUUCCAUGAUGGUUGCGCCGAAAUCCAGGGGCAAAGAGUGCGUUUUUACUCAACUGGUAUGUGCCAUUGUCGGUUUGGGCUACCAGGCUCGGAUCCUCUACCUCGACGCCUGGACUUUUGGUGCACCGCAGUCGCAGAACCGGAUUUUCCUUAGUUUCGCAGCUCCUGGGGUCAAAUUGCCCAUGCCGCCUGCUCCGUCCCAUUCACAUCCGCCAGGAACGAAAUUAAGUCCAGUGGGUGAGUUAUCUAACGGUCUUCCCUAUGGUGAGAUGACUGAUGAGCCCGUAUUGUUCAAAUUUGUCAGUGCGGUCGAAGCCGUUAAUGACCUUCCAAGCAUUCAAGAAGGUAUGCCAGCCUAUUGCAUUGGCUUUCCAGACCAUCGCAUCUCUGCGAGUUAUACGCUUAGAGCUCGAAGACAGCUAGCGCAAGUUCCCACUCAGCCAUGGGGUAUGAAUUACUCUAAGGCCUAUUUUGGAUAUUGGGAAGACAAGGGGGAAACCUACGACAGUGAUCAGGGUGACAGCGAGGAAGAUGGUGGCAGCGGUGGCGGCGGCAGCAGAUUUGUGCCCGGUACGAUAUCAGCCAAAGACUGCGCUCGCAUCUUCCCUUCUUCGAGAGAAGUCAGGAUGCAGAAAGACUCCAAGGGUUGGGGUCGAGUCAUACCUAAUCGCCUGUUUCCAACCAUCACGACCAGUUGUAAAAUAUGCGAUGCCCGGACCGGCAACCUGAGCCACUGGGAGCAGCCACGGCCGCUGUCUGUGCUGGAGGCUCGGAGAGCGCAGGGUUUCCUGGACCACGAAGUGAUAACUGGUAACCCCCGUGACCAAUGGCAUAUAGUGGGAAACAGCGUUUCACGACACGUUGCUCUGGCACUGGGUUUGGUCAUUCGCGAGGCUUGGUUUGAAACGCUCCACGGUGGAGCCGUGAAAGCAGCGGUCGUUGAUUCCCAAGGGCUCACUGUGGCACGGGCAGCAGAGGUCAGGUCAAGUCAGCGAAUUGAACUUGAACUGACAUCGACAGCUUCAACAAGCUUCAGCCCUGCAGAGCCUCAAGACUUAUCGGACAAAUCGAAAGAAGCGGUAUCGGUGUCAACACGUGCUACGAGCGUGAUUGACUUGACUGGGCCAGAGGGGCAUCAUAGCUGCGAGGCCGUUAUCCUGCCAACCCUUCAUCCUGCCAAAACCGAUCAAGAUGCUACCGCCCCGGACAAGCAUCAGUCAGAUGGCAGUGCCGAGACUGCUCCCCAGAGCAUCACAACAGGCCGAAGUCGCAAUGGUAUAUCACGUGGUGACUUGAGCUUUUUGAGUACCUCUUUGAUGAUCACCACCCCAGGCGGUGAGCGCUCAAGACGCUCACAGACGAGUCUUCCAGCAGCGCACAACCUCGUGGCAUCAUCAAGUGCUCCUAAACUGCUGGAUAAGGCCGUGUUGAACGUGGCGAGUGCCGCGAGAAGACGGACAGUGUCUGUCGAUAUCAGCAAUGGCCUGAAGCGCCCGUCGCCUUCGUUAUCUGUUAGGGCUUCAGCUAAGCGACAGCGUCUUGGUGGCAAACGGGCAUAACGACGUGAAUUGGAAGCCAAUCAGCGCCAUAAAACUGAGGUCGUAGGG